AUGGAUCGUGCCAAGGCAGCCGUCAGUGAUUUCCUCUCCAAGGACGGAAAGCAUGACACUACAGUUCAUGAGACUGUCAACCCAGCCGUUCAAAACGAGAAAGUAAUCAAGACACAACACGAGGAAGCAACCACAGCUGUUGACCGUGAGAUUCAUCAAGAUCAUCACCACACUUCAGUUCAACCUAUCAAAGAUCAUGAAGUCCUUCCUGAGCAACAUUCCCAUAAACUUGGAGCUGUGGAGCACCGUAACAUCCAGCACGGAAGCGAUGCUCAGGUCAAGGAUCGCCUGGCCGCUGAACAAGCUCAAUUCAAAAACACCAGAUCUGUAGGAGAAACUCAACAUACUGCCUCGCAAGGUGGCACCGUUGCUGGUGAACAUGUUCAUCACCAUGUGCAUGAGACCAUCCAGCCAGUUAUCCAAAAGGAGACUGUUCAACCAUCCGUCGUCCACACCACCAUUCCAGUUCACGAAGUUCACCAAAACGAGCCUAAGCACCACACAGCUACCUCUCUCCCAGCUGUCAGUAUGGAUGAAUUCAGACACCAGGGAGGCGCUCUUGGAGGGCGUGAGGAGCGUACUGAUGCUUUCAAAGGCGAGCCAAAAUCCGUAGGGGGCACUCUUGGAGGCGCUGGCGCUAGAGGCACUACUUCUUUGACUGAAAACGGUGCUCAUGGACAUCACUCUGGCUCACACACUGGCUCUCACACCGGUGCUACUGGUGCUGGUAUCGGCUCGGCCACCGCUGGCAAUGUCCACCACACCACCUCCAACACCUCUACCGAGUCUCAUAAGAAGCCUAGCUUGAUGGAUAAAAUUAACCCAAAGAUUGAUGCCGACGGUGACGGAAAGGCCGGCUUCAUGAAAUAG